GACACUCACCGUUUAACUUAAUCUUGACACUUUAUGUUCGGUAAGCAGUCAGUCUGUAGGGCUCCCGAGGCAAGAAGAGCACAGCCCAGGCUUCCAAAUCGCUAAUAAAACUCCAAAUCUAAUGCAUAUCCAAUGCAGCAAAUUCUUCACAGUUGGUGAAUUUGCAAUACCCACAAGCCCAAAACAAUGAAGGCGGGCGCAUUGCAGAACUGUAACAACAACAACAGGCGAAACAACAGCUUUAGGAUCGGCCCCGAAGACUCCGUGUUCAAAUCACCCGCAGCGUUUUUCUGGUUAGUUUUACACGGCUUAUGCUGCAUUGUAAGCCUCGUUUUAGGCUUCAGGUUUUCCAGAUUGAUUUUUCUGUUAAUCUUUGCCUCAUCAAGUAGUCCAGAGACACCAUACCAUAGAAUCGGAUCGAAGCUACAGGGAUACCAAAACAAUCCCGACGGGGUCUCUGACCUGGAAUUCAAACACCCAUAUGACCGCAUUGGGCACCCAGUUGGCAAUCCUGAUUCAAAUCCUAGCCCUAGUUUGAAUUCAAGCACUAAUCCUAAUCUGCCCAGCAGCAGGGUUCAUGUGGGCAGGCAUGGGAUCCUCAUACGGCCGUGGCCUCACCCAGAUCCGGACCAGGUGAUGAACGCGCACCAGCUUCUGGAAAGGGUUCAACAGGAGCAGAGGAUGAUUUAUGGGGUUAGGGAUUGGAAGUCUGUGAUUGUUAUAACUCCUACUUAUUUGAGGACAUUUCAGAGCGUGCAUUUGACUGGAUUGAUGCAUACUCUCAUGUUGGUGCCCGGAAAGCUGGUUUGGAUUGUUGUAGAAGCUGGUGGGGUUUCUAAUGAGACUGCUGCAUUGGUGGGGAAAACAGGGCUUGAUGUGGUUCAUGUCGGUUUCAAUGGGAGAAUGCCAGUUUCGUGGCAAGAUCGACAUCGGAUGGAGGUUCAAAUGCGAGUCCAAGGCUUGAGAAUUGUGAGGGAGCAGAAAUUGGAUGGUAUCGUUAUGUUUGCUGAUGACAGCAAUACCCAUACUUUAGAGCUUUUUGAUGAGAUUCAAUCUGUAAAAUGGAUGGGUGCACUUUCAGUAGGCAUUCUUGCUCAUCCUGGUCACUCAGAGAUAUUACGCAUGCAGGAAUCCGAGGGAAAAAAAGUAGAAGCAGAGGAAGCUGAAAGAAAAGACAAUCCUCUCUUACCCAUUCAGGGACCUGCCUGCAAUUCCUCAGGUCAUUUAGCUGGGUGGCACACAUUCAAUUCACUUCCAUAUGCCAAGCAGAGUGCCAGAUUGAUUGAUGACAGGGCUACAGUACUGCCAAGGAGAUUAGAGUGGGCAGGUUUUGCUCUUAAUUCAAUGUUGGUUUGGGAAGACAGUGUUAAACCGUCUUGGGUUCGUGACUGGGAUGACUGGACUAAAGAUGGCCAGGGUAUAGAGAGUCCUUUGUCUAUUUUGAAAGAUGAUUCCUUUGUUGAGCCACUUGGUAGAUGUGGUCGCAAUGUAUUAUUAUGGUGGCUCCGCGUGGAGGCUCGUGCAGACAGUAAAUUUCCUCAUGGAUGGAUUAUAGACCCCCCACUGCAGAUUGUGGUUCCUGCAAAACGCACACCAUGGCCUGAUCCACCUAUACAUCCACAUGAAAUGUCAGUACAAGGUGGAAACACCACCCCAGAUCAUUCGGAGAAACAGCGAGGAAGAAAAUCUUCCAGGCCAAAGAGAAUUAAAAGGAAACCUGACAUCCAAAUUGAAGCUCAGCAAGUCUCAGGGGUUUCAGAAAGGGAUGGAACAGGCAGAUGAGAGAUUGAUUUGUGGUCAGUCAGGCCUGUGUCACAGAUAGUUUUGAUAAUAAUUCCAUGUUGUAAGGUUACAAAUCUGACCAGUACUCAUGCAGGAAUUCAUAUAUACUUCAAUGCAAUCCACUAGGUGAAAAUUUUAAUCCUUUUUGGGGUAUAGCCUCUUGAAAAUACCAAUGCGAGUUGAAUAAGGGGGUUACCCUUAUCAAGCUUAUUACACAGGUUGAUUUCUUUGAACAAAGGGCUCGUAAACUAUCAGGACUGGUACCUCUGAAUUGGAAACUGUUAUGGUGGUAUGUUGCAGUGGUGGAACAAAUUCUAUAAAUUCCAUUCAUCCUCGUUUGCAGCCAUUAUUUCAGCAGUAUUGCUGGAGUACCCUGUCGAAUAUUUUUCAAAUGUAAUGUUUGUAAUGGCACAACUGCGUUGCGAUUUGUAUCUGAGUGGUGUUUCACCAUAUGUAUCUGAGGUGCUCUUUGAAGAAACUUCAAAGUGAAUUUCCUCAACUCUAUUUCUGCUUAUUUGUUUCUUGUAUAAAAGAGGAGCUUAUUGUCAAAA